AAGUUUAAGGUACACAAGAGCCAGGAGGUCUCCUAUUAUUCAAAAAAUAAUAUUUAAGAUCUCCUUUUUCUUCUGAAAAUAAUAUUUAAACAAAUUGUAUCACAAUGUCCUGUUUUCCAUACGUUUCAUCAUGCUUAUUUAGAACCGUCGGCGGGUAGGAUCAACUGAUGUCACAGGCCGGGUCCGGCCUGUGGGUCGUAGUUUGGUGACACUUGAUUUAUACCAAAUCACAAAAAAUAAAGCUUGCGCUUGAAUGCCUUGUUAGAUCCUUUCUUGCUUUUUUCUAAUAAAGAAGAUGGUAUUUUCUCGCCGUAAAUUGAAAAUUCUGUUCAUUAUACUCGCUUUUCUUGACCAACACUUUAGAAACCAACAGGGGCCUUGGAGCUGUACGAGCCACAGAGGGUAGCCACCAGUUCUCUGGGGUAAAAGCUUUCUUUUUCUCCUGUGCAGUUUGAUUCUUGUGCUGUGACUCAUGCCCAAAUUCUGUUAAAAGAGGAUGCCAAUUUUAGUCUUGGCCCUGGCCCUAAUUUUUGAGGACACCUAUGUGGUGAACAUAAACAUUGCGUGGAACCACAUACGCCAUUGAACUCAAUACAAGUUUUACUUUCUUAAGUGCUGCGAGCGAUUUCUUAAUGUAUGCAUACCUAUUUGGAUUCAAGCACCGCUCGGCUUUGAGAUGAAAAGUAUGUUCGAAGAACAGAAUACAUCAUACGUUCCGUGUGCGAUUAUUGAUGUUCGGAAAUCAUAUCCAAGACAAAAACGGGCUUGAGUUUAAUCUGCAACGAAAACUUCUGCAGCCACACAAUAACUGCUCUGUCAAACGUAAAUAUAUUUGAAUGCUUCUGUUUCCAAUUCUUCGCUAUUUAUGCAUGAUUUUCAAUAUAAUUUGACUCGCGAUUGUUUUGCCUUAAAUAUUUUGGGAGUGGCGACCUAUAGUCACAACACUACUGCUACUGGAACUGGAUGUAACUCUUGUGAAGUUCUUUGCAGCAGUACUCGUAGUUUCUAUAGUCAUUGCCAGAUAGCGUUUAUUCUCCCCGAAUAAAAACACGUAAAAACUUGAAUAACGCGAAGGUUGUAGUUUGUUUAAAAGCCGACAAGGUAUUAGAAGAUAGAGCUGAAGAUCGAGGCCCACGUUGAGAUUAAGCAAACAUGGCGGAUAGUGCCAGUGAGAGUGACUCAAGUUCCAUCGAUGGAGGUCCAAUAAUGAUGCCACCGUCCCCCGUAACCCGGGAACAGUUACAAAAAAGAAUAGAGUCGUUGCAGCAGCAGAACAGAGUGCUUAAAGUAGAAUUGGAGACCUAUAAAUUAAGAGUGAAGGCGUUGCAAGAAGAGAACAGAGGACUGCGGCAAGCAUCUGUGAUAAUCCAAGCUAAAGCUGAACAAGAGGAAGAAUUCAUUAGUAACACGCUUUUGAAAAAGAUUCAGGCCCUGAAGAAGGAGAAAGAGACUUUGGCGCAUCAUUAUGAACAAGAAGAAGAGUGUCUUACGAAUGACCUGUCAAGAAAGCUCAACCAGUUACGGCAAGAGAAAUGUCGACUGGAACAGACUCUGGAACAAGAGCAGGAAUGUUUGGUUAAUAAGCUUAUGAGAAAAAUUGAAAAAUUGGAAGCAGAAACUCUUGCAAAACAAAGCAAUUUGGAACAGCUAAGACGAGAAAAGGUUGAAUUAGAGAAUACCUUGGAGCAAGAACAAGAGGCACUGGUUAAUAAACUGUGGAAGCGAAUGGACAAGCUUGAAGCUGAAAAGAGGAUGUUGCAGAUAAAACUGGACCAGCCAGUAUCAGAUCCUGCAUCACCUCGAGAAAUAAGCAACGGUGAUCCAGCUGCAAAUCUGAGCACCCAUAUACAAACUCUACGUAGUGAAGUGGCAAGACUGCGGAAUCAGCUGGCCAUAGCACAGCAGGAGAACACCGAAAAAAUGCAGCGGUAUGUAAAUGAAGAAAAGAGCAUCCGUGAGGAGAACCUAAGACUACAGCGGAAGCUGCAGUUGGAAGUGGAGAGGAGAGAAGCGUUAUGUCGGCAUCUUUCAGAAUCGGAGAGCAGUCUAGAGAUGGAGGAGGAGCGGCACUACAACGAGAUCGCUAUGUCAGGAGGCAACGUGCGGUCACGCACCGUGUCCAGUCCUGUACCGUACACACCCUCGCCGAGCUCGUCACGACCACUCAGUCCAGGUGUGACAAGUUUGGUGGGGUCUCGAAAUGACAAUUCCUUUGGAGGCACUUCAACUACAGGAUCCACUCCCGCAGGGCGAUGCUGCUACGUGUGCGGCCAGCCCACAUUUGCUCCAUUACCUGUCUGCUCAACAGGUGUCAUAGCCUCAUCCACGCCCCUUGUACCUGGUGGGCCUCAGGCUGGACGGAGGCCUUCUGAGCGCUUCAUAAAACCUGCUGUGCCAGUCCCGACUGUGCCAACAGUAGCUGUUGGUGGUCCAGCUCCCACUCCAAUUCCGUUGCAGGCACAACAAGCACAGAAUCAAGCACAGCAACCUCCACGCAACUCAUCACCACUGCCUAUGGAGUUGGGAAAGAGUUAGUGUUGGUCCUUACAACACACUUCGAAUGCUGAGGCCAAUACAUUAUUGUCUCUCUUUUUUUCAUGUUAAGAGGUUUUCCAGCCAAAACAUAGUAAUCCUAUUGUUGUAGCUGAUUUCUCAGUUGCAGUUGGUUUUCCUAUAAAGUUAUUGGUGUAACGUUGUUUGGUAAUAAUGGGAUGUGUAACAUAUCCGCAUUCUGUGUAUGAGAAGGAAAUUUCUUUGAGGAAUGCAUUGUGGAAAGUUUUCCCAGUUUCUCAUGUUAAAUUUUCUUGAUUUACUGCUGUUACAAUAUGAAAUUUUUAGAUAUAAGGCAAAAAUAUGUUCCCCUCUGCUUCUUAACCAUUGAGUGCAGCAUUUGAUGAAAAGAUGUUUGAAAUGUCUUUCCAGCUCUACUGUUACUUGUUGGAAACUAGCUUCUUUCUGUGUAAGGACUUGGUGAUGUGUUCAGAGUUUUACAUCAGGUCUCUGUUCCUAACAUUACCUGGCCCACUGAGUGUAACAUUUUACUAAAGUGAGAAAGUGUCAAAAUGAAUGUAUGUGUGGGUGCAUGUGUGUGCUAUAAUCUUGGUUUUUGCUGCGUAUAAACUGAUGCUAGCUUGAGUUGUCUUCACUCUAAACCUGUAGCAAGAAGAUGGCUUUGAACAGUUGUGUGCUUUAUAUUGUAUUUGAAGCGUGUGACGCCAGAUAGAAACUGAGCUGGGACGUUGGGAUAACCCCCUUUUUUUCUUUGUAAAUUGGCUUUAAUGCACUGAUACAGUGAGAGUUGCUUGGGUUUUUUUUAAUAACAGAAAUUAUUUGGCGAUAAUUCUGUUUUUGUUUUACUGGAUUGUGAUGCGCAUCAUUUUGACUGAUAAAACUUGUGAUUUGCAUGUGUAUUGUGUGGAUGUGUGUGAAAUUUAUGUUACAUACUAAUUUAAGAAUGUAGCAGAGUAAGCUUUAAAAGGCCAUUGUAUUUUUUUAGCCAUAUUCAGAAAGAUCUGAUGAAAGUUUAUAGGGAGGGAUUGUGGGCUUGUUUAUUGUUGUACUGCUAAAACCUAUUUCUCUUGGGGUGCUGUGUCCUUUUGCAGUAGGUGGCAAAUCGAACAGGGUGUGAAAUUUUAUGCUAAAUACUUAUCGGUGUUUAAGUCUCCUUCCCAAGAAGCGAUGUUUUUUUUUUUCACAUUCCAAAAUGUAAAGAACUUGAACUGUGUGUUCUCAAAUGUUGUUCCUUUUAAAGGGAACAGUUGUAAUAUGAUUGGAUCUUUAUUUUGAUGUUAAUUGUCAUUUAUAAAAACUGUGAAAAGAAUUAUGUAUGUGUGAAUAUAUAACCUGUACUUGCACAUUUAUUUUUCUAAACUUUGUUUCUCCUCUUCAGGUGUUUGACACAUGUAUGAAUUUUUGGCAAUUAUUGCUGUAUACUACUGGAUAUAAUCCCUAGUCAUAAUUUUUUGAGAUUAUUGAAUUCCAGUUGGAGUCAUAUCUGCAAAAUGUUGAAUUAUUUGGUAACCAGUACUUUAUUUGCAUUUGUUUACAAUUGUAAUUGCUUUAGCCCUCAACUGAAAAUGUUAACCCACAUAUUGCUGUUGGUAAAAUAUGUUUAUAGAAACUCUUCAUCAAUAAAAAGAAUUGCUUUGGAUUAUAAA